UGGAUUCUGCAAGCAACAGGACCUCUGAUUCCAUUGCCUCUUCAGCAGCAGCAAGCACAGGACUGUGCUCAUAGCAGCCUGCUCUGUGCUGGAGCCACCCAACAGAUAUCCGGAAAGAUGAGCACAUGUGGGAGGAAGGCCCUGACCCUGCUGAGCAGCGUCUUUGCUGUCUGCGGCCUGGGGCUGCUGGGCAUCGCCGUCAGCACUGACUACUGGCUGUAUCUGGAAGAGGGCGUGGUCCUGCCCCAGAACCAGAGCACUGAGGUCAAGAUGUCACUGCACUCGGGCCUCUGGCGGGUCUGCUUUCUUGCAGGUGAGGAGCGGGGACGCUGCUUCACCAUAGAAUAUGUGAUGCCCAUGAACACGCAGCUGACGUCCGAGUCCACGGUCAACGUUCUAAAAAUGAUUCGCUCAGCCACCCCGUUCCCUCUGGUCAGCCUCUUCUUCAUGUUCAUUGGGUUCAUCCUGAGCAACAUCGGCCACAUCCGUCCCCACCGGACCAUACUGGCCUUCGUCUCUGGCAUCUUCUUUAUCCUCUCAGGCCUCUCACUCGUGGUGGGCCUGGUACUCUACAUCUCCAGCAUCAAUGACGAGAUGCUCAACAGGACCAAGGACGCCGACUCCUAUUUCAACUACAAAUACGGGUGGUCCUUUGCCUUCGCUGCCAUCUCCUUCCUUCUGACCGAGAGUGCGGGGGUGAUGUCCGUGUACCUGUUCAUGAAGAGGUACACCGCCGAGGACCUGUACCGGCCUCAUCCUGGCUUCUACCGCCCUCGCCUGAGCAACUGCUCUGAUUACUCGGGCCAGUUUCUGCACCCGGAUGCCUGGGUGCGGGGCCGCAGCCCUUCCGACAUCUCCAGCGAUGCCUCCCUGCAGAUGAGCAGCAACUACCCAGCCUUGCUCAAAUGCCCCGACUAUGACCAGAUGUCCUCAUCUCCCUGCUGAGUGUGGGUCACCUGCCUCCCUGCACGGUGGACGGUGGACUGCCCUUCCUGCUCCCCGUCCCCACCCCUCACCCUGAGCCCUAAGACCAUGGUUCACAGACCCAGGCUGACCCACAGCUUAGCUCUUGUUCCUUGGCCUGAGUCCUCUCCCUCCUUCUCCCAGAGUAGCUCUCACUGCCCGGUGUCAGGAGUCUGGAGCCAGCCGUCCCCAACUCUCAAGAAGUCCAUCACAACCUGGUCUGCAGGAAGCCAGCAGCUUCUUCUGCACGGUCGAAAGAGGCCACUGUUGGCAGAUGUGCAUCUCCCUGAGCUCCUCACUCCAUGGCCAAGGCCUGCUCAAGGUCAUUGUACAGACACAGUGGGACUCCAGGGCUUGCCCGCUGACCAGGUGGCACUCACCUGCACUGGCUGAACUGUGGUGCCACAGGAUGACUGAUGGGGGGGGGGGGUCUGGUUGGCUCAGAAGUCAGGCAGGCUUGACUCCUACCAAAACCCUUCAUUUUGGUUUCCCUGGUCCCACACACAGCACACCUGAUUGUUCUGUCCCUCCUCCCUCCCUUUCCUCCUCUCCCUGCACCAGAACUCAGCUGGGAGGAAGGUCUGAGACCCCUCUGAUGGCCAAGGAAGUGACACAGGAGGUAUUUAUGGUCAAAGUUGUCUUCAUACCUAUGGCCCCUUGGUCUCCUAUUGAACUGGGGCCAUUCCAUGCCUUAACCCAAAGCUGGGACUAUGACUCGGAUGAUUGGAGAGUUUGGCUUGGCUGGGUUCAUACUCCCUUGGGCACUGUGUCCAGCCCUGAGGAUCCUGACCUUACUUGUAAGGACAGGCCUUGCACUGCAAAGCCCUCCACUGGGAUUAUGUAGACAGGUGCCUCUACCAUCAAAGUAGAAAACAGCUUUCCAAGAGGCCACCUUGGGCAUGGGAAUGGAGCAGGUGACACCUGGUGCAUUUUGAGUCUAAGAAAGCCAAACCAGAGAUGCCCCUCUGCCUUGCUGAGGAAUCCCACGGACACAUGGGAGUUGCCAAAUUCAUCCUAAUUUUCUUAAAGGGGAGCCUCUAGCCUCCUGGGUAAGAAAUAUCUAUAGGCAAAACAGAUGCCAUCCAAAGAAGAGACAGGGUGACACCAUUUUCCUCCUGGGAACUCUGAGCUGGGAAACUGGAAGCAAAUUCCUGGGUAUUGUGGGUAAGGGAUUCAAUGUAAGAGAUCUGGAGAGGAUGGAAUUCAGUAAGGAACAGGCAGAUGUUUGAGCAGCUGGACGCUGUCAUUCAUCUCUCAGCUUGUUGAGGGAAAAGACAAGAGAAGCCAAUGGUGGUCCCAGUUCAGCUGCAAACCCACUGGGAAUCCUCAGGUGACCCCUCUUCGUGUCCCCCAGAGCUUGGUGUGAAUUGUUUCCAAGCCCAGCCCAUUCCUCUGCACCACCACCCCAACUCCUGUGACCCCGUCUCCUUCAGAAAUCUCUGUGUGGCUCUUGUUUGAGACUUUUCAACCCUCACCUCUGAACAAAUAGCAACCGCCAACCCCCUGCAACCCUCCACGUUAGCACCUUGCAAUGGUUGUGGCACUCUAGUUACC